AUGCAAUGCGAUCGUCCACCAGACGUGUAUGAAUGGCAAGUUCUGCCCUUUGGUACUACCUGCUCCCCCUGUUGCGCAAGCUAUGCACUGUUGAAACAUGCAGCUGAAAACCAGACAGGCAAUGAGGAAGUGUUCAAAUCAGUGAGUGAAUCCUUCUAUGUAGAUAACUGUUUGGACAGUUUCGAGAACCAAACUCAGGCAAAGCAGCUUGUCACCAAGAUGCGAAAUGUGCUCACAGACGGUGGAUUCAACAUAAGACAGUGGGCAAGUAAUGUUCCUGAGGUUGUCGCCAAUCUCCCUGCUGAAGCGAGGUCUGAGGCUGCAGACCUGUGGCUCAACUUUGGACAGGGUGAACCUAGAGAACCGACUUUGGGCUUACGCUGGGACUGUCAGUCAGAUGAACUUACCUACAAACACAGAAAUGUAGACUACCCCAAUUUAACCAUGAGAAUGGUAUACAAAGUGCUAGCAAGCCAAUAUGACCCCAUCGGGUAUCUGUCACCGUUCAUUGGACAAGCCAAGGUCGUAGUACAAGACUUAUGGAAGUCAAAGAGAAACUGGAACGAUUCCAUUGAAAAUGGGCAACUUCGUGACAGGUGGCUUGCUUGGGAAAGUGAGCUGGGACUCAUCCCUCUGAUUACUUUACCAAGGUGCUAUAUUCCUCAAGGGUUUGAUCCAGACGAUUCAACUACACAAUUACACAUCUUCUGUGACGCAUCCGAAAGGGUAUAUGGAUCAGUCGCCUAUUUGCGCUCAGAAGAUCGACAUGGAAGGGUUCAUGUCAGCUUCGUGAUGUCGAGAUCCAAGGUUGCACCGAAGAGACAGUUAACCAUACCACGGCUAGAGCUGUGUGCAGCUCUGACAGGUGCUCAGUUAGCAGACCUGUUGCAGUGUGAAAUAACGCUACCAAUCCAAGCUACUUAUCUAUGGAGUGACUCUACUACUGUGCUCACAUGGUUGCAGUCUGAAUCUUGCAGAUACAAGGUAUUUGUUGGAGCCAGAGUAGCUGAAAUUCAGAACCUCACCGACACACAUUGCUGGAGGUAUGUGAACACACAGCAAAACCCAGCUGAUGAUAUCACUCGAGGCCUGAGUGUCAAAGACCUUGUUGAAGAAUCCAGAUGGAGAAAUGGACCUGCCUUCCUCCGACAGUCAGCAGAUGAAUGGCCUGAAUCUCCAUCAACAGGCAGUGACGAGCCAGCAGAACUUAGGAAAUCUGCCAUGUUGUCAACGAUUGUGACAAAGACACCCACUUUGCCUGACCCAACACAGUAUGAAUCUUAG